AUGGAAGCAUCAAAAGUGAUAGACACUCCUAUUUCCACUGAUACUCGACUGGACAUGGAUGAGUCUAGAUCUCCUGUAAAUCAAACUAUGUACAGAGGCAUUAUUGGGUCUUUUCUCUACCUCACUACCAGCAGACAUGAUAUUGUCUUAAGUGUGGGGCAAUGCGCAAGGUUUCAGUCAAAUCCCAAGGAAUCUCAUCUGAAGGCUACAAAAAGAAUUUUGACAUAUCUUAAGGGAACACAUGACAUGGUCCUGUACUACCCCUCAGGUGAUAAUUUUAAUCUUAUUGGGUAUGUUGAUGCUGACUAUGUUGGUUAUCUUAUGGAUAGGAAAAGUACUUCCGGAAUGGCUAACUUUCUAGGAUCAUGUCUCAUCUCAUAG